AUGCCUCACAUCCCGUUGACACCUCGAGAGGCACGCGGAGUUCAUUGCUUCAAAAGGCUCAAGACGCAUGCCAACUUUCCAGAAGCACCUCAGGAGGAGGCUUCUCUCAGCAAUAGGCUCAAGACGUAUGCCAACUUUCCAGAAGCACCUCAGGAGGAGGCUUCUCUCAGCAAUAGGCUCAAGACGUAUGCCAACUUUCCAGAAGCACCUCAGGAGGAGGCUUCUCUCAGCAAUAGGCUCAAGACGCAUGCCAACUUUCCAGAAGCACCACAGGAGGAGGCUUCUCUCAGCAAUAGGCUCAAGACGUAUGCCAACUUUCCAGAAGCACCUCAGGAGGAGGCUUCUCUCAGCAAUAGGCUCAAGACGUAUGCCAACUUUCCAGAAGCACCUCAGGAGGAGGCUUCUCUCAGCAAUAGGCUCAAGACGCAUGCCAACUUUCCAGAAGCACCUCAGGAGGAGGCUUCUCUCAGCAAUAGGCUCAAGACGUAUGCCAACUUUCCAGAAGCACCUCAGGAGGAGGCUUCUCUCAGCAAUAGGCUCAAGACGUAUGCCAACUUUCCAGAAGCACCUCAGGAGGAGGCUUCUCUCAGCAAUAGGCUCAAGACGCAUGCCAACUUUCCAGAAGCACCACAGGAGGAGGCUUCUCUCAGCAAUAGGCUCAAGACGUAUGCCAACUUUCCAGAAGCACCUCAGGAGGAGGCUUCUCUCAGCAAUAGGCUCAAGACGUAUGCCAACUUUCCAGAAGCACCUCAGGAGGAGGCUUCUCUCAGCAAUAGGCUCAAGACGCAUGCCAACUUUCCAGAAGCACCACAGGAGGAGGCUUCUCUCAGCAAUAGGCUCAAGACGUAUGCCAACUUUCCAGAAGCACCUCAGGAGGAGGCUUCUCUCAGCAAUAGGCUCAAGACGCAUGCCAACUUUCCAGAAGCACCUCAGGAGGAGGCUUCUCUCAGCAAUAGGCUCAAGACGCAUGCCAACUUUCCAGAAGCACCACAGGAGGAGGCUUCUCUCAGCAAUAGGCUCAAGACGCAUGCCAACUUUCCAGAAGCACCUCAGGAGGAGGCUUCUCUCAGCAAUAGGCUCAAGACGCAUGCCAACUUUCCAGAAGCACCACAGGAGGAGGCUUCUCUCAGCAAUAGGCUCAAGACGCAUGCCAACUUUCCAGAAGCACCUCAGGAGGAGGCUUCUCUCAGCAAUAGGCUCAAGACGCAUGCCAACUUCCCAGAAGCACCUCAGGAGGAGGCUUCUCUCAGCAAUAGGCUCAAGACGCAUGCCAACUUUCCAGAAGCACCUCAGGAGGAGGCUUCUCUCAGCAAUAGGCUCAAGACGCAUGCCAACUUUCCAGAAGCACCACCGGAGGAGGCUUCUCUCAGCAAUAGGCUCAAGACGCAUGCCAACUUUCCAGAAGCACCUCAGGUGGAGGCUUCUCUCAGCAAUAGGCUCAAGACGCAUGCCAACUUUCCAGAAGCACCACCGGAGGAGGCUUCUCUCAGCAAUAGGCUCAAGACGUAUGCCAACUUUCCAGAAGCACCUCAGGAGGAGGCUUCUCUCAGCAAUAGGCUCAAGACGCAUGCCAACUUUCCAGAAGCACCUCAGGUGGAGGCUUCUCUCAGCAAUAGGCUCAAGACGCAUGCCAACUUUCCAGAAGCACCUCAGGAGGAGGCUUCUCUCAGCAAUAGGCUCAAGAUGCAUGCCAACUUUCCAGAAGCACCUCAGGAGGAGGCUUCUCUCAGCAAUAGGCUCAAGACGCAUGCCAACUUUCCAGAAGCACCACAGGAGGAGGCUUCUCUCAGCAAUAGGCUCAAGACGCAUGCCAACUUUCCAGAAGCACCUCAGGAGGAGGCUUCUUUCAGCAAUAGGCUCAAGACGCAUGCCAACUUUCCAGAAGCACCACCGGAGGAGGCUUCUCUCAGCAAUAGGCUCAAGACGUAUGCCAACUUCCCAGAAGCACCUCAGGAGGAGGCUUCUCUCAGCAAUAGGCUCAAGACGUAUGCCAACUUUCCAGAAGCACCUCAGGAGGAGGCUUCUCUCAGGAAUAGGCUCAAGACGUAUGCCAACUUUCCAGAAGCACCUCAGGAGGAGGCUUCUCUCAGCAAUAGGCUCAAGACGUAUGCCAACUUUCCAGAAGCACCUCAGGAGGAGGCUUCUCUCAGCAUUAGGCUCAAGACGUAUGCCAACUUUCCAGAAGCACCUCAGGAGGAGGCUUCUCUCAGCAUUAGGCUCAAGACGUAUGCCAACUUUCCAGAAGCACCUCAGGAGGAGGCUUCUCUCAGCAUUAGGCUCAAGACAUAUGCCAACUUUCCAGAAGCACCUCAGGAGGAGGCUUCUCUCAGCAAUAGGCUCAAGACGUAUGCCAACUUUCCAGAAGCACCUCAGGAGGAGGCUUCUCUCAGCAAUAGGCUCAAGACGUAUGCCAACUUUCCAGAAGCACCUCAGGAGGAGGCUUCUCUCAGCAUUAGGCUCAAGACGUAUGCCAACUUCCCAGAAGCACCUCAGGAGGAGGCUUCUCUCAGCAAUAGGCUCAAGACGCAUGCCAACUUUCCAGAAGAACCACAAGAGGAGGCUUCUCUCAGCAAUAGGCUCAAGACGCAUGCCCACUUUCCAGAAGCACCACCGGAGGAGGCUUCUCUCAGCAAUAGGCUCAAGACGUAUGCCAACUUUCCAGAAGCACCUCAGGAGGAGGCUUCUCUCAGCAUUAGGCUCAAGACGUAUGCCAACUUUCCAGAAGCACCUCAGGAGGAGGCUUCUCUCAGCAAUAGGCUCAAGACGUAUGCCAACUUUCCAGAAGCACCUCAGGAGGAGGCUUCUCUCAGCAUUAGGCUCAAGACGUAUGCCUACUUUCCAGAAGCACCUCAGGAGGAGACUUCUCUCAGCAAUAGGCUCAAGACGUAUGCCAACUUUCCAGAAGCACCUCAGGAGGAGGCUUCUCUCAGCAAUAGGCUCAAGACGUAUGCCUACUUUCCAGAAGCACCUCAGGAGGAGACUUCUCUCAGCAAUAGGCUCAAGACGUAUGCCUACUUUCCAGAAGCACCUCAGGAGGAGACUUCUCUCAGCAAUAGGCUCAAGACGUAUGCCAACUUUCCAGAAGCACCUCAGGAGGAGGCUUCUCUCAGCAAUAGGCUCAAGACGUAUGCCUACUUUCCAGAAGCACCUCAGGAGGAGACUUCUCUCAGCAAUAGGCUCAAGACGUAUGCCAACUUUCCAGAAGCACCUCAGGAGGAGGCUUCUCUCAGCAAUAGGCUCAAGACGUAUGCCAACUUUCCAGAAGCACCUCAGGAGGAGGCUUCUCUCAGCAAUAGGCUCAAGACGUAUGCCAACUUUCCAGAAGCACCUCAGGAGGAGGCUUCUCUCAGCAAUAGGCUCAAGACGCAUGCCAACUUUCCAGAAGCACCACCGGCGGAGGCUUCUCUCAGCAAUAGGCUCAAGACGUAUGCCUACUUUCCAGAAGCACCUCAGGAGGACGCUUCUCUCAGCAAUAGGCUCAAGACGUAUGCCAACUUUCCAGAAGCACCUCAGGAGGAGGCUUCUCUCAGCAAUAGGCUCAAGACGCAUGCCCACUUUCCAGAAGCACCACCGGAGGAGGCUUCUCUCAGCAAUAGGCUCAAGACAUAUGCCAACUUUCCAGAAGCACCUCAGGAGGAGGCUUCUCUCAGCAAUAGGCUCAAGUCGUAUGCCAACUUUCCAGAAGCACCUCAGGAGGAGGCUUCUCUCAGCAAUAGGCUCAAGACGCAUGCCCACUUUCCAGAAGCACCACCGGAGGAGGCUUCUCUCAGCAAUAGGCUCAAGACGUAUGCCAACUUUCCAGAAGCACCUCAGGAGGAGGCUUCUCUCAGCAUUAGGCUCAAGACAUAUGCCAACUUUCCAGAAGCACCUCAGGAGGAGGCUUCUCUCAGCAAUAGGCUCAAGACGUAUGCCAACUUCCCAGAAGCACCUCAGGAGGAGGCUUCUCUCAGCAAUAGGCUCAAGACGUAUGCCAACUUUCCAGAAGCACCUCAGGAGGAGGCUUCUCUCAGCAAUAGGCUCAAGACGUAUGCCUACUUUCCAGAAGCACCUCAGGAGGAGACUUCUCUCAGCAAUAGGCUCAAGACGUAUGCCAACUUUCCAGAAGCACCUCAGGAGGAGGCUUCUCUCAGCAAUAGGCUCAAGACGUAUGCCUACUUUCCAGAAGCACCUCAGGAGCAGACUUCUCUCAGCAAUAGGCUCAAGACGUAUGCCAACUUUCCAGAAGCACCUCAGGAGGAGGCUUCUCUCAGCAAUAGGCUCAAGACGUAUGCCAACUUUCCAGAAGCACCUCAGGAGGAGGCUUCUCUCAGCAAUAGGCUCAAGACGCAUGCCAACUUUCCAGAAGCACCACCGGAGGAGGCUUCUCUCAGCAAUAGGCUCAAGACGUAUGCCUACUUUCCAGAAGCACCUCAGGAGGAGGCUUCUCUGAGCAAUAGGAUCAAGACGCAUGCCAACUUUCCAGAAGCACCUCAGGAGGAGGCUUCUCUCAGCAAUAGGCUCAAGACGUAUGCCAACUUUCCAGAAGCACCUCAGGAGGAGGCUUCUCUCAGCAAUAGGCUCAAGACGUAUGCCAACUUUCCAGAAGCACCUCAGGUGGAGGCUUCUCUCAGCAUUAGGCUCAAGACGUAUGCCAACUUUCCAGAAGCACCUCAGGAGGAGGCUUCUCUCAGCAAUAGGCUCAAGACGUAUGCCAACUUUCCAGAAGCACCUCAGGAGGAGGAUUCUCUCAGCACAAGGCUCAAGACGCAUGCCCACUUUCCAGAAGCACCACCGGAGGAGGCUUCUCUCAGCAAUAGGCUCAAGACGUAUGCCAACUUUUCAGAAGCACCUCAGGAGGAGGCUUCUCUCAGCAAUAGGCUCAAGACGUAUGCCAACUUUCCAGAAGCACCUCAGGAGGAGGCUUCUCUCAGCAAUAGGCUCAAGACGUAUGCCUACUUUCCAGAAGCACCUCAGGAGGAGGCUUCUCUCAGCAAUAGGCUCAAGACGUAUGCCAACUUUCCAGAAGCACCUCAGGAGGAGGCUUCUCUCAGCAAUAGGCUCAAGACGUAUGCCUACUUUCCAGAAGCACCUCAGGAGGAGACUUCUCUCAGCAAUAGGCUCAAGACGUAUGCCAACUUUCCAGAAGCACCUCAGGAGGAGGCUUCUCUCAGCAAUAGGCUCAAGACGUAUGCCAACUUUCCAGAAGCACCUCAGGAGGAGGCUUCUCUCAGCAAUAGGCUCAAGACGUAUGCCUACUUUCCAGAAGCACCUCAGGAGGAGGCUUCUCUCAGCAAUAGGCUCAAGACGUAUGCCAACUUUCCAGAAGCAACUCAGGAGGAUUAUUCUCUCAACAAAAGGAUCAAGACGCAUGCCAACUUUCCAGAAGCACCUCAGGAGGAGGCUUCUCUCAGCAAUAGGCUCAAGACGUAUGCCAACUUUCCAGAAGCACCUCAGGAGGAGGCUUCUCUCAGCAAUAGGCUCAAGACGCAUGCCCACUUUCCAGAAGCACCACCGGAGGAGGCUUCUCUCAGCAAUAGGCUCAAGACGUAUGCCAACUUUUCAGAAGCACCUCAGGAGGAGGCUUCUCUCAGCAAUAGGCUCAAGACGUAUGCCUACUUUCCAGAAGCACCUCAGGAGGAGACUUCUCUCAGCAAUAGGCUCAAGACGUAUGCCUACUUUCCAGAAGCACCUCAGGAGGAGGCUUCUCUCAGCAAUAGGCUCAAGACGUAUGCCAACUUUCCAGAAGCACCUCAGGAGGAGGCUUCUCUCAGCAAUAGGCUCAAGACGUAUGCCUACUUUCCAGAAGCACCUCAGGAGGAGGCUUCUCUCAGCAAUAGGCUCAAGACGUAUGCCAACUUUCCAGAAGCACCUCAGGAGGAUUAUUCUCGCAGCAAAAGGCUCAAGACGUAUGCCAACUUUCCAGAAGCACCUCAGGAGGAGGCUUCUCUCAGCAAUAGGCUCAAGACAUAUGCCAACUUUCCAGAAGCACCUCAGGAGGAGGCUUCUCUCAGCAAUAGGCUCAAGACGAUUGCCAACUUUCCAGAAGCACCUCAGGAGGAGGAUUCUCUCAGCAAAAGGCUCAAGACGUAUGCCAACUUUCCAGAAGCACCUCAGGAGGUGGCUUCUCUCACCAAUAGGCUCAAGACGUAUGCCAACUUUCCAGAAGCACCUCAGGAAGAGGAUUCUCUCAGCACAAGGCUCAAGACGUAUGCCAACUUUCAAGAAGCACCUCAGGAGGAGGCUUCUCUCAGCAAUAGGCUCAAGACGAUUGCCAACUUUCCAGAAGCACCUCAGGAGGAGGAUUCUCUCAGCAAAAGGCUCAAGACGUAUGCCAACUUUCCAGAAGCACCUCAGGAGGAGGCUUCUCUCAGCAAUAGGCUCAAGACGUAUGCCAACUUUCCAGAAGCACCUCAGGAGGAGGAUUCUCUCAGCACAAGGCUCAAGACAUAUGCCAACUUUCCAGAAGCACCUCAGGAGGAGGCUUCUCUCAGCAAUAGGCUCAAGACGUAUGCCAACUUUCAAGAAGCACCUCAGGAGGAGGCUUCUCUCAGCAAUAGGCUCAAGACGUAUGCCAACUUUCCAGAAGCACCUCAGGAGGAGGCUUCUCUCAGCAAUAGGCUCAAGACGAUUGCCAACUUUCCAGAAGCACCUCAGGAGGAGGAUUCUCUCAGCAAAAGGCUCAAGACGUAUGCCAACUUUCCAGAAGCACCUCAGGAGGAGGAUUCUCUCAGCACAAGGCUCAAGACAUAUGCCAACUUUCCAGAAGCACCUCAGGAGGAGGCUUCUCUCAGCAAUAGGCUCAAGACGUAUGCCAACUUUCCAGAAGCACUUCAGGAGGAGGCUUCUCUCAGCAAUAGGCUCAAGACGUAUGCCAACUUUCCAGAAGCACCUCAGGAGGAGGAUUCUCUCAGCACAAGGCUCAAGACGAUUGCCAACUUUCCAGAAGCACCUCAGGAGGAGGAUUCUCUCAGCAAAAGGCUCAAGACGAUUGCCAACUUUCCAGAAGCACCUCAGGAGGAGGAUUCUCUCAGCAAAAGGCUCAACAAGUAUGCCAAAUUUCCAGAAGCACCUCAUGAGGAGGCUUCUCUCAUCAAUAGGCUCAAGACGUAUGCCAACUUUCCAGAAGCACCUCAGGAGGAGGCUUCUCUCAGCAAUAGGCUCAAGACGUAUGCCAACUUUCCAGAAGCACCUCAGGAGGAGGGUUCUCUCAGCAAAAGGGCCAUCGCCGCCAUAAGUCGACAACAUACCCCAGGCCCCGCCACAACUCGAGAAAAACCAUGA